AUGAGUCACAACUUGUCACAACUGUGCGACCAGAUGCCAACAGAGAUGACUGCCCAAACUCUGAUCCCGAUGCUGCAGGCCCAAGUGGCAGAGCUUUUCGACGGGCUGGAGGAUCCCAUCAUCGCUGUAUCGGUCGAAGUGGAGAACUCAGAGGACGAGCGGCAGGAGCUCAUCGACCUGUCGUUAACCUACUCGGCCCGUCUAGCCGUGCGCUCUGUGACGGGCCUGGCGAACCAUGAAGAUUGCCUCGAAGAGUUCAACAAGUAUGUGCAAGGCCCAAUGCAUGAUGCAGUUGUCGAAGACCUCGGGGACGUGACAGAUAUACCUUAUGGUGUCUGUCUGCUGGCCAUGUUUCCCUGGAUCUUGUCUUUUUUCCCGGUCACUUGGGCUGGAAGGCCUGCACUACAUGCCCUUGGCUAUAGAUCUGAUUUCGAGUAUCUGGCCGUGGAGUUCACGGAAUGCCUCUUCUUCAUGCUGGUGUACCCUGCAGCAUAUCCCUGUUUGCUCCGAUGUGUCCGACGUCUGGACAACAGCCUCGACUCUGGAUUUCUGCAGGCACCCGCAGCCUUCGGCUGCGGAUUGCUGAUUUUCAACGUUGUGCAGCUCGAGAAUGCGUUCGCAUCCGCGUCCCUCGAGACCUUUGCAUUCACGCGGCAUCCAGCUUUCCUCUGCUUCUUCUUGCUCGCAGUUGUCGCCGCCAUGUUCCAACACUAUGUGCUCUUCGGUGCAGGGUCGCGGCCAAAAUCCAACAGGGAGAUGCGGAUGUAG